UAAAGAGAAAGCUCAUAAUUUUUUUCCCCACUGGUCUUCUUGGAAAUAUAUAUUUUUACAUGUAAUUUUACCUUUUGAAUAUUCAUUGUUAUUAUUUUCGGUGAUUAAUCAUUUUUAAAAAUGAAAAAUUGGAUUUUUUUUAUUCUUUCAAUUGCAUUGUUUGCUCAAGCAACUUUUGGUGCAAGAUAUAAUUUGCUUGAAAAUUUAUCAAAAAGUGAAGAUGAAUUUAAUAAAGCAGUUGAAAAAUAUAGUAAAGAUUUGAAUAAUUUUCAUUCAAAAGCAGUUGAUUUAUUGGAUAGUAAAUAUAAAAAUUACAUUCGUAAUCUUGUAAAUGCAUAUACAAAUGAAAUGGGAAAUAUUGAUUCAUCAGUGUUGCUAUCAAUGGCUGGACCAAAAACUAAAAAUAAGUGUAAUUCAACAGCUAGUAAUAUUGAUGAUGAUAUUUAUUUUAAAACUAAAAUUGGAAUUGAAAAAUGUUUGAGUUAUUCUAAGGAACUAUUCGUUUAUGAUAUGUCAGCAGCACGUUCGUUGGAAUCAUAUUUACCAGAAAUCAAAAACGAAUUACAAAAUUGUCAACGAAUGACAACUUUAGAAUGGAAACAAUGUCUUAACAUUAAAUUCCGACACUUGAGAUCUACCAUUCAAUACGCUUACAUUUUGGAUAAUUCAACAGAUGUAAUUCGUUCAUUGGAAAAACAAUAUGACGAGUGCUCAAUGAGUCAUUAUGUUAAAUUUACUGAAACAAUAACUUCAUCUUCUAGAGAUUUACAAAGCUGUCUUACACCACCAGAAGAUAUAACAUUAUUAAAACAAUAUAGACAAUAAUAUUUUUCAUCUUUUUUUCAAUUUUUUAAAAAUAUUCAAUAAAAUUUUCGUACUCUCUACAUUAAAU